UCAAAUCUUUUCAUUCAAGUGUGUGUUAAAUUUGCAGCAAGCAGGUCGAAUCUUUGCAUUUAUUUUCGCGAACCCUAAAAAAAUAAAGUUGGGGGGUCAAAAAUCUCGCAGGUGGCGGUGGCGCCUGCGUUCACGCCUACCCUCUCCCUCCUCCUCCGCCCUUAUAUAAUCCCCGGAGCCGCCCUCUCUCUCCCAGCCAUCCAGCAAUCGACGCGCCACUUGUCUGGCAGAAGAAAAACUAAGGAAUUAGGGGAAAUUUUGAAGCACGCAGAGGAGGUGCGCAAUUUCCGGACUCCGAUCGGUUCUUUGCCCGACGACGUUUUCCAGCCAGAUUCCACCGCUGCAGAUCGCUGACGGAGCUGCGCUUCGUGCCAAUCUGGCCGGGAGAAGGUGAGAUAUCGACUUCCUCCUUGGAUCUGUGUUUUCUGAUGAGAGAUUCGUGGAGGGCGUCUAGGGGUGCGAGUCGAGGUUUGCGUGGAUGAAUUUCUAGAGGACGAGAGGGCAAGGACGCACACCAAACUUCCUGUAUUGGAACUUUUUAGUUGAUAAAGCUUCCUUCCACUCUGGCCGCUAUAACAGAAGAACACUUUUCUCGCCCCUCUAGGUGGGUGUGGGGCGAUUAUGAAGUGAUAAUUAUUUUAUGUUCACUGUGGAGAUCAGAGUCUUCUCACAUUUGGAGAUUAUGUCGCAUUUUGGAAGGCUUAUCAGUUGAUUACGGCUAAGAUUGGGAGAAAUCUGAUAUGUAAGCUUUUUAGCAGGAACUUGGGUUUCUGCUGAUUAGCUAUAAGUUUCCAAAGCUUAGUAAAAGAGUACUGCUUUUGGAUUAGAAUAUCUUCAUGUAGCAUUGCUGGUGAUGUGUUGAAGUUUCAGGUGCCCUAUUUUGAUCACCAUGGUUUUGUUUUCUUGCUUUCCGGCUCACAUCCCUUGCCAUAAGCCAAAGAAAGUAUUUCAAUACUCUGCUGAAUGCAUGCAUAAAAAGGCUCAGGACCAUUCUCAAGAAUUGGUAUCAGGGGGUUCCAGCCACUCUCCUACUUCAGAUGCUACACAUGCAAGGUUAUCAAAAAAUCCAUGUGCCAGCAGCCAUGCAGAAAAGCUUACUCGCUCAUCUUCUUUUCAUAUGCCUGUCACUGCAUCAGCUGUUAUGUCGCCUGAUCCAAAGCUUGUGAGUGGAAGUAGUUUUGAAGAGUCGGUACAUAUUCAUUCUAGUAAGGUUGACAGUUCGCAUGCAUUGUGUCUCAAGAAACGUCUGCAUACUUCUUGUCUUAAGAAAAGUAAGUCUUUGGGCAGUGCACUAGAUAGGAAGGGGAGGUUUGUUGACGUUUGCGAUACAGAAGAUGAAAUUGAUCAAGGUCUGUCAUGUGAAAACAUUCAUGAGGUUAACCCUCCUAGGACUUUUUCAACUAUUGACCACAAUGACUCUGCAGAAUCAUCAGAAAACAAAGAACGUGAGAAUGUGUUGGAUGAUUUAUCUGGCUUCAGUCAACAUGAUGAGGAUGCCCAAAAUGUUGAACCCUGUAAAAUGCACAUGGGCUCAAAUCAAGAUGACCGUUGUGUGUAUGUAGAUGAAAGCAACACAUCUGAGAAAAAUGUUAUCAUGCGACCCUCUUACUCAACUGAUAUAGAAGAUAAUAGACGAAGAGCAAAAACUACUUUAGGUCAAAGACCAGCUGGGAGCCGCUCUAGAUCUUAUGGUGAUUUGCUUGCUCUAGAGUUAAGUGAACAGGCAUUUGUUGAUGAUAAUAGUGGGUAUUGUUCUCAGCCUGCUUCUCUUAAAUCAGGAAAUGUGUCUCUACCUAAUGUAUCAGAUGCAGUGUCAUUGACAAGACACCAGCAUAUGUUUGAAGAAAAAGCUGAAGAUUGUGCAAACUCUGUUCAAAGUGAUAAUUCUGGCAUAGUAAUUGGUCAUAUUGAAGGUCAUACUGAUGGCGGGAACUUUGAUGCUCAAAAUCAGUUGCAUGAUGGACGCUCAGCUUCAUCUCUCAAGGAUGACAUGAUCAUUCAGGAAAUCAGCACAGAGAAUAUGGAAAAACUUGAGAAUGAAGACACACAAACUCACGAUUGUAAGAGGUAUCCACGAAAUUGGUGGGAUGGACUGUCUUCUGAAGAGUUCAACCUUAAGCGCAUUGAACACUGGGUUAACACUAUAGAUAUUGAAAACUGCAACUCUUCAGAUGAGGUUGGGGAAUGCUCGACUGCCUCUCCUGAGGCCAAAGAGGAUUCCACUGAAACUGGUGGAUCUUCUGGCAAGUUGGACAGUAGAAUUCAGCAUGUGGUGCAAGUGGCAAAUCGUUAUAUCUCCACAUUGGGCACCUCAUCUGCUUCAGCACAGAUGGCAAAUUUUGGUUUGCCUGUGAUCCCCCAACUUAGCAUUUUCCAUAGUCUUCGUGUCGUCAAUCUCUCUGGGAAUGCAAUAGUGCGCAUAGCUGCAGGAGCUCUUCCAAAAGGCCUUCAUGUUUUGAACUUAUCAAAGAACUAUAUCUCCACGAUUGAAGGUCUUCGUGAGCUGACACGCCUGCGUGUCUUGGACCUUAGCUACAACCGAAUAUUUCGAAUUGGACGUGGUUUGGCUUCAUGUGCAUCUUUGAAGGAGCUGUAUCUAGCUGGGAACAAGAUAAGUGAAGUGGAAGGCCUUCACCGUCUUCUCAAACUGAACAUUCUUGAUCUCAGUUACAAUAAGAUUUCAACAGCAAAAUGUCUAGGCCAACUCGCAGCUAAUUAUAGCUCAUUACAAGUGCUUAACAUGGAGGGUAACCCUGCCCAAAAAAAUGUAGGAGACGAGCAGCUAAAGAAGUCUCUCAUGAGCCUCCUUCCGCAGCUGGUCUACCUCAAUCGCCAGCCAGUAAAGGCGAGCUCUUCAAAGGAAGCUAGUGACCGUGCUUCUAGAUCUGUAUCUAUGCAUCAGUUUGAAAGAGGGGCAAGGUCUGAUCAUAAGAUUGCCCGGAAAGCAAGCCAUAGUUCUCUCAUCAAGGCUUCUGGAAAUGGUGCUCUGAUUCAGGCGGUGACUUCAUCCAAGCAGUCCAAAGGCCAUCUUCAUGGGCGUCUUCCUCCGAGCCGAUCCAAGGUAACCCAUCAUCAGGUGAACCCGGACAGCAGGCUCAUUGGUUUACAACUGACGAGCUCUAUGCGUCGCAGCAGAAGUGAAGGAACCAUGAACAUUCUGUAGUCGCAGUUACAAAGUGGCUGUCGUGUCAUGCGAAGCAGCUUCGGAACAUGUUCAUUCAGUUUCAUUGAUUUUCAUCUAGUAGCCUCCAAAGUAUUUCAUUUAUGAGCGUAUGGACGGAUACAGAUUUAGAUAGUCCGUUGUGUGUUCUUGUGGUCGAUUUAAAAUAAGUUGUCGAGGGACUUGAGAGUGGCAUUGAGUUUGCUCCUGUGGGCUGUUGAGCUAUUUACUUUUAAUAUGGUUUUGCUAUAGGAGUUAAUAUGUUCAUGAAAUAGUCUAGCUAGGUUUUGAAUCAGCUUACAUUGUCUGUCUAACGUUGGUUCGUGUCUCUUGCUGAUCUUUCCAUAGGCUCCUAAAUUUAGUUUUGGGCGUCUUCCCAAGCACGCCUUGGUCUCA